UUAAUAUGUCAAACACAAAAUGAUUUAGGAAGCAAGUCAUAUGAUAAAUUAUCUGAGAGACAGAAGAAUUUCAAGACAAAAUUUAGAAAGACCGAGCAAAAAUGGCUAACAUCUCAAACUUAGGAAGUGUCAUUAGCAAUAUUGAUGACAUUGAAAAAGACAUGAGUUUGCCAAUUGGUGCCCAGGUGGCCACCAGUUUACUACAGCAGAGAGCCAAUGAUGUCAGAGCAAACAGAGUCAACUGGCAGAGCUAUGUACAGGGACAGAUGAUUUCUCAGGAGGAUUAUAACUUUAUCUACCAGUUUGAUAAUGCUAACACAGAAACUAAGGCAGCCAUGCUGAGGGAGAAUGGACUACAGUUUGCAAGAACUUUCUUCAAUUUGAUGAGCCAGAUAGCUAAAGACCAAACCUUACAGUACAUAUUGACUAUGUUGGAUGAUGUUUUACAGGAGGAUAAAUCCCGAGUAGAAAUCUUAAAGGAUUAUGCCAAACAGAUGAAGGAGUCAGUCUGGACUCCCUUCAUGCAUCUACUGAACAGGAAUGACAGAUUUAUUGUCAAUCAGACAAGUAGAAUCAUUGCUAAGAUGGCAUGCUGGAGUAAGGAGUUGAUGGGUCUGGAUGACUUAAGAUUCUACAUGGAUUGGCUUAAAAACCAGCUCCGUCUUCCUGGUAAUGAGUACAUACAGACUGCAGCACGGUGCCUACAAAUGAUGCUCAGAAUAGAGAAAUACAGACAAGUGUUUGUAGACGUAGACGGAAUAGCUACGAUUGUGUCUGUGUUGCUAGGGAGCAAGGUCGGCUUCCAGAUCCAGUAUCAGCUGAUAUUUUGUUUGUGGUGUCUCAGCUUCAGUCCUCACAUAGCAGAGAGAAUGAGCAAAGAUAAAAUCAUCCCAGUACUAUCAGACAUUCUCAGCGAAUCUGUGAAGGAGAAAGUUUCAAGAAUUAUACUUGCCACAUUCAGAAACUUGCUAGAGAAGCCAGAAGAAAAGGAUUUGGUCCAUGAACACGCUGUGGCCAUGGUUCAGUGUAAAGUCCUAAAACAGCUAGAACUGCUGGAGGCCAGGAAAUUUGAUGACCCUGACAUUGUGGACGACCUUGAAUUCCUUAAUGAGAAACUGCAGGAGUCUGUCCAAGAUCUUAGUUCAUUUGAUGAGUACACAUCUGAGGUGAAAUCAGGGAGAUUGGAAUGGAGCCCGGUUCAUAAGAAUGAGAAAUUCUGGAGGGAGAAUGCAAUCAGGCUUAAUGAGAAUAACUACUCUCUUCUUAAGAUGUUAGUUCGACUUUUAGAAAGUAGUAAGGAUCCAUUAAUCCUUUCUGUGGCAGCUCAUGACUUAGGAGAAUAUGUCAGACAUUAUCCUAGGGGAAAAGUUGUGAUAGAACAGUUGGGUGGUAAACAAUUAGUGAUGCAAUAUCUUUCACAUGAAGAUCCUAAUGUCAGAUUUGAAGCCCUCAUUGCUGUUCAAAAGUUGAUGGUCCAUAAUUGGGAGUACCUCGGACGACAGUUGCAGUCGGACCAACCCAAGGAGGGUCCUGGGAUGGUACAAACCCCCGCAUAGUAGUCACCCCUCACUGUCCCCAGAGGAUGUAUUUCUCUGUCCUAGUCAAUAUAAUCCAGAGACAUGUAUCAUUAUAUAUAGGGUAACCAUGACAUUCCAGCAGGCCUGGUGUUCCAGGAUUGUCAUCAUACACAAAGGCUGAUAUCACUUGUAGGGGGUUCUGACAUGAAGGAUGUACCAUAUUUUAGUUCUUUUUUCAUCUAAUAUAUUUUUCAUCAUAUAAAAUGACAAAUUAGUUAUAUACACAUAAAUGUAUUUGGAUGUCGGAGGGUGGUAUUAAUUUUGGAUAUAUUCUGAGGAACAGUUUUGGAGGUAACAACUGUUAGUGGUUAUUUGUACAGUGUUUUCAUAAUUAUUUGAUGUGAAUUCCAGAGUUGGCUACAGGAUGGUUUUCUGGUCGGGUUAUUAAGCCUUAUAAACAUCCAACAACUCAAGUCUCAUUUACUGACAAUAAAUACAGGUGAUUUAUGAUGAUUUGUGAUGUUAGCUUGUAGAAGUGUAUUUUUUUUAACAAAAAUUAUUAUUUAAAUGUGACUUGUUUAUGUUUACAACUAGAAAAAAAUAUAUUAUGUUACAGAUCA